AUGCAUCAAAGUUUGUAUUUGCUAUCUAGAUCGGUAUGGAAAGGUCCCAACAUUGUGCCACUGCCGGUAAAAGAAGCUCUUGCUAAGGGUGCUCCCAUAAGAACAAAUGCGAGGUCUGCUACAAUCCUGCCACAGUUCGUGGGUUUGAAGUUUCAGGUUCACAACGGGAAAGAAUACGUGGCAUUCGAAGUGUCAGAAGACAUGGUCGGCAGCAAACUCGGCGAGUUUGUCCCCACAAGAAAGAGGUUCAGCUACACCCAAACUAAGAAUAAAUAG